AUGCUGGAGGGUCAUGUCAAGAUGAGCCUGCAGGAAGGGUACCCCAUGAGGGAGAAGGAUGUCUUCCCUGUGACUCACAGCAUGGAGAUUGCCUGCAAUGACAACAAGCUCAUUGCUGCUCCUGAAGAAGGCACAGCUACAGACAGUGACACAGAAGAUUACAAUGACAUGGCAGAUGACACGGAGAGCAUGCCAUCUUCUUUAGCUGUGACCACCCCUACUGUAACUGUUGUCACAAGUGAAGCCUCAGGCUCUAGUGAUACCCCAGCAACUCGCCUUGCACAGUCAGAGUCUGAACCACCAAGUCCACAAGAAGACGGCGACGAUAAUACUCCUCCAUCAAAAUCCAAAAAGGUUUCAACAAAACAUCCCGAGGCCAGCAAAUGAAGACGGCUGAGAAAAGGUGAAAAGAGGAGAGAAUCUCCCCGAGCCAAACACAAAUUUGGGUGCUACAUUGAAGACUUGUCUCCUGCCCCUACAAAUCCUUCUGUGCCAAUGAAACCACAAAAACCCAGAACAGGUGACUCCUCUGCAUCAACAAAACAGCUGAACUCGAGCAAAGCUGGCACAGCUUCCCCACCAAAAUCACAAGAGCCCAGCAAGAGUGACAAAUCUGCUCCCAAACUACAAGAGGCCAGCAAAAAUGAAUCAGCCACUCUGUUUGUGGUGACCAGCGUGUCGCAAGCUCUGACCCAUGCACCCAACCCUGCGACUCAGCCACCCCCUGUCCUCAUAGAGGAGGAGAUCAAGAUUGACACGAUGGUCCUGGCCAGGAGCAGGACCAAGACCUGGCACCACGGCAGGAUUACAGAAAUCCAACCAACAGGUAAGAACACACCCAACCACCGGUUAAAAAUGGAGGUGGACUUUAGCGAGAAGGGGAGGAGCAUGCUGUCAGGACACCACAUAGCCUUUGACCACACCGCUCUGCUGGAGCAGCUGUACGUGGGCGUGCGAGUGGUGGCCAAGUUCAAGGAUGUCCACCAGUCCUUGUUCUGCUCUGGCAUUCUGGCUGAACUCCCCAACCGAAAGAACCGCAUGAGGUUCCUGAUCUUUUUUGAUGACGGCACACCUUCCUAUGUAGGCUUGCCGGAUCUUCACAUUGUUUGCAGACCACUGCCGGAGGUUUGGGAGGACAUAGAGGAUGAGGCCAACAGGGAGUUCAUCAAGGAUUACAUCAAGGUGUACCCCAACCCGCCCAUGGCCCGGUACAGACCAGGCCAGCCCAUCAACGUGGGGUUUGAGGGGGUCCGGAGGAGGGUUGAGGUAGAGCAGAUCGACUGCAGCUUGUUGUGCAUCGUCUACAAGGAUGACGAACAUAAGGAAUGGUUGUAUCGAGGCUCUUUGCGCCUGGAGCAUAAGGCCAACAUGAAGAAACGUGUUGAGGAGUCAAAGGAUAAACCAACAGUGACACGGCCCAAUGCUGGUAAAUAUCUGGGGGGACCAGUUUCGACUGCUAAUACUAUCCACACGACCAGCACGGCCGCUGCCAGCAAACCUCACGUCACCGCCUCAGCACCCUUAGGUCCAUCCUUGUUUCAGAACGGCAACAAUUCCUAGUUCGUUCAUUCUCCCUCAAACCCAUGUCAUCUUCUCCCUGAUCACGUCAGGAGGCCCUAUGGCCAGAUCCGUUCAACCGACGAGUCGUCUGUUAUCACAGCUAAAGGUUCAGCCACCUUCACCCUCCACCGUUGCUGCCCAGCCUGCCUGGAAUGCAUCCGGUCAAAGGUUGAGGCCAAGCACCGUGGACUCAACCCGCUGCAUCCCCUGCUCUGCGAGUUCCACCAAAUGAAGGGCCGCCGCCGGGUCAAUAACAAGACGUAUUUCCACAUCUUCUACCAGUCGCCGUGUGGCCUCAGCCUGAGCAACAUGACUGCUGUGCAGGACUACCUUCAACAGACCCGCUGUGACUUCCUCUUCCUGGACAUGUUCUGUCUGGACCCCUUUGUGUCUGUGACCACAACCCACCAACCCCGGCCAUACAAGAUCAACAUCCUAGACCUGAUGCUUGGCAGGGAGAACCAGCCGCUGUCCUGCAUCAACGAACUUGGCAACAUCCGGCUAAUCUCAGUGAUCUACAACAAGCAGCGUGUGGCGGCCAGCGGGGUCUCCCUCAACACCAGCUCAGACUUUCUGGUGGGCUGCAACUGCACCGAUGGCUGCAGGAAUAGGUCGUCAUGCUCCUGUCACCAGCUGACCAUCCAGGCCAUAGCCGUGUCACCGGGUGGCCCUGAGGACGUCAACGUUGGCAACGAACACAAGAGGCUGGAGAAACGGCUCUCCACAGGUAUAUAUGAGUGUAACGCACUGUGCCGCUGUGACCCCCGGGUGGUGCAGCAUGGCCUUCAGCUGCGGCUACAGCUCUUCAUGACCAUGGGGAAGAGCUGGGGAAUUCGCUACCUGGAUGACGUUGCCAAGGGCACCUUCAUCUGCACUUACACCGGGAUAAUCAUGAACAAGAAGAGUUUGGGGACAGAGGGCAACAUGUACGUGGUCAACCUGAACCACAUAGUGGGAGCUGAGAGCAAGGAGAGUUACGAGAGUGAGACGCGCUGCUCCGACAAUGAGUCAGGUUCAGAAGAAGAGUCCAUAGAAGACGUCAACAGUGAGCAUGAUGACUGUGAUGACGAGGGCAAGGAUGAGGAAGAGGGAAACCCCGAGAAAGAGCAGCGACGUAUGAUGAUGAAGAACUCUGAUGACAAGAACUCUGAUGACGAAGCUGAAGAAGAACGCGAUGAUGAUGAUGAAAAUUACGAGGACAAGGACUACGAUGUCAGUGAAGAUGAUGGCGACUCUGACUUCAGGCACAAUGUCUCCUCUAUGGUCACACGCAGGCAUGCCAAAAUACUACAGGAGGACCCAGCGAAGAAAUCGGGCUCUGACGCCAAGUCUUCUGACCUGCAGGAUGGUACAGCAGAGGGAAAUGACAAGCAGGCCUCAAACGCCACAAGGCGUUUCUUUGAUGGCGAAGAGUCAUGCUACAUCAUCAACGCAAAUCUGGAGGGGAAUGUGAGUCGCUACCUCAAUCAUAGCUGCCACCCAAACCUGUUUGCGCAGAAUGUUUUUGUGGACACACAUGACCUUCGAUUCCCCUGGGUGGCCUUCUUCACCAGCAAGCGCAUCAGAGCUGGUACAAAACUGCCGUGGGAUUAUAAAUGUGAGCUUGGUGUGAAAAGGUCAUCAAAAAUCCUAAAUUGUUGCUGUGACGAGUGUAGGGAAAAGUUAUGAAUGCCCUUACAUCUUCUUCCAGCUUCACCCCUGAAGUAAAUUUAGGAAUAUACUGUAGGAGAUGGUCUAGUUGUUGUAUUUUAAACCAUGCAGAGGUUUUUGUUCAUAUUACGAUUCUUAAAUUGUGCUUAAAUAAAUGAAUUCUGAAGUAUUGUCUCCUAGUUAAAUAAAAAAAUAUUGAAAUGUC